AUGCCUCAAUUAGCCUCACAACUGGCCCUUCGGGCCCUGCGGACUCUUGUUCAAGGCCCAUCAUCAAAAUCAGCCUCCAUCCGUUCCCUCACAACCUCCUCUGUCAACGCCUUCACUCGCCGGGCAACCACCACAUCCACAUCCGCACCCUCAAUCGCGAACCGAUUCAUAUUUGCGCCCGUCUUCCGCACCCAGACAGCCCUCACGACACUCUCUGCCCGCCAGUUCUCCAGCUCUCCCAUCGUCCGUGCCACCUACAAUCAAGUUCGGCGUGGGUGCCGUACCGGCCAACGCGCACGCCGUGGUCGCUCGCCCGCCUUGAAGAACCAUCCCGCGCUCAAGGGCGUGUGCGUCAAGACGGGUAUCACGAAGCCCAAGAAGCCCAACUCGGGUGAACGGAAAGUGGCAAGAGUCCGACUGAGUACGGGCAAGGUGGUCACCGCCUAUAUUCCGGGCGAGGGUCACAAUAUCCAGCAGCACAGUGUUGUGCAGGUGCGUGGUGGCAGAGCCCAGGAUUGUCCUGGUGUGAAAUACACUCUGGUUCGAGGUGCUAUGGAUUUGGGUGGUGUUGGAAGCCGUGUGACCAGUCGUUCCAAGUAUGGUACGAAGAAGCCUAAGAGCAGCUAA